AUGGCGGCACCAAAGAUCACCAACCGCCCUGGGGAGUGGAAGAUUGAGCAAGGCAUGUCCGGUGCUGAGCUUCCAGUGCUAGACAUGACGGGCUCUCAGAUCAGAACUCUUGCCCCUCAGACCUUUCCAGCGCCCGCUAAAGACGAGGAAGCCCUUAAGUCUAUCGGUGAUCGUGAUGCACUGUUUAAGAUGGAACGGAAGGGAUGGAAAGGGUUCGUAGAGUGGGAGAACUACCCAGACAAGAAGGCCAUAGCCCGGAAGAUCCUGACUUCUUACACUUGGCCGCCAAAUCCAGAAUUCCAACUUGGUCCUAUCCCAGCUACUAACCCAGUGCUUCCUGGGAUACGCUGGAAGAUGUGGCACCAUGCCAUCGGAGGGGAACUACAGACCGUACCCGAUGACUCGUGGGACCUUGUUCAGAAGGAAAAGCACCCUGAAAUGCUCCAUCUUCUUCAAUUCCCCUAUAACGGCGAGCCCCCCAAGCGUCUCGUCACUGACAAAGCAAUCACUCCUAAUUCAUUGCACUUUGUCAGAAAUCAUGGCGGCAUUCCCAUCAUCGACUCAGAGGAUUUUAGCUUUGACAUGGACGGCCUUGUAGCCAAUCCAAGGUCAUUCACUUUGGACGAGCUCAUGGACGAAUCAAAGUUCCCUCGAGUUGAGACAACUGUCACUAUUCAAUGCUCUGGCACUCGGCGUAUCGAGCAAAUCCUCAAGUACCCAGGUCAAGGUGAUGAAGUUCCUCAAGCACCAUGGGCCGAAGGUGCUAUCGGCACUGCUCGCUACGCUGGCAUCAGCUUGAAAAAGGUGAUCAAGGCUUGCGGAGGUUUGAUUGAUGGUGCUAAACAUCUGGAAUUCUAUGGAGCCGAUACCUACUUCAAGGACGACAAAGUCAUGAACUAUCUUGUCAGCGUGCCGUGGUCGAAGGUGAAGGCAAACGAAGUGCUGCUGACCUGGGAAAUGAACGGGGAGCCUCUACCCAGGAUUCACGGAUAUCCUCUCCGUCUUGUGGUUCUGGGCUAUAUUGGCGCCAGAAGUGUCAAGUGGCUCUACCGUAUCAAAGCAAUCAAGAACCCAAGUCUGGCACCAGUGCAGAGUCAAGAGUACCUCUACUUCCCCCAGCAAACUGGAAAGCACAACUUGAAGUUCACUGAUGGCAUCCAAAUCCAGGAAAUGCCAGUCAGCUCUGCGAUCAUGUCGCCUUGGACAAAGCAGGUCGUCAUCCAUAACGGUAAAAUACAAUGCAAUGGAUGGGCUUACUCUGGCGGGGGGCGCUGGCCAGAGCGUGUAGAGCUGUCCAUGGAUGGAGGAUUCAAUUGGUACACAGUACCUCUGGAGAAUCUUUCUGAAAAGCGCAAAUGGACCUGGCGUACUUGGAAGUUCGAACUUCCUUGCGAUGUCGAAGGAUGGGUUGAGAUUGUGUGUCGCUGUUGGGACAACGCACUAAACACGCAGCCCUCGAACGUACGCACUUCCUGGAAUUGGGGAUUGCACGUCACAAGUUCUUGCCACAGGAUUAGCGUGUACAGUAUCAACAAAUCACGACCAAGGACAAAGGCCCGGCUGGAGGAGUUCGAGAAAGCAGGCGUUCCAAUUGCGCCUAUAACAGUCCCCUAUGCUUUCUCUCCUCAGAGUUGGGAAGAGUAUAAUCAGUUCUGGGACAAACAUGAUCCGCGUGACGUAGAUGAGUAG